AUGAAACUAAAUAUUGUUGCUUUACUUGCCCUUGUCUUAUCUUUGAACAUAGCUAAUGCAGAUAUGACAUAUCCUAGCUUCUUGUCUAGCUCAUAAUCAUCUAUGUUAAUGACAUGCAAUUCAGCUAUUACUAAUCCUUGCCCAACAGCAUCUAACUCAGCUGCAUGUAUGACAGAUAUGAUGAAUUAUAUGACUUGCUACAAUAUGUGUUCAUCAAAAAUGAAUUUCGCUGAUUAUAUGAGUUGUACCAUGGCUUGCACUUAUAAUAACAAUUCCUCUCUCAUGACUUAUGUGACUUCAAUGAAUACCUGUAUCAGCCAACUUGGAAUGAAAAAUAUGUUUUAUCCCAGCUUCUUAUCCAGUUCAUAAUCUUCUAUGUUUAUGACUUGUAACUCAGCUAAUGCUAAUCCUUGUCCAACAGCUUCUAACUCAGCUGCUUGUAUGACUGACAUGAUGAAUUACAUGUCUUGCUACAAUAUGUGUUCAUCGAAAAUGAAUUUUGCUGAUUAUAUGAUGUGCACAAUGGCAUGUACCUAUAACAAUGACUCUUCUCUUACUUCCUAUGUAAAUGCAGCUAAUACUUGCUCUAACAACCUCGCUAUGAAUUCAAUGUUCUGGCCCUCUUUCUUUACUUCCUAAUAAGGAUCGAUGUUGAUGAUGUGCCAACAAAAAAUAGCUAACCCUUGCACAAGCUCAUCUAACUCCGCCAUGUGUAUGACAGAUAUGAUGAGUUAUAAUGCUUGCUACAAUAAAUGUUCCUCAAAAAUAAACAUCAAUGAUUAUAUGACUUGUACUAUGGCAUGUACUUCAAGCAAUUCAAGUCUUUAGAUGUACAUUCAAUCAAGCAAUAUGUGCAUUAACAUGUUCACAAUGCCUUAAUAUCCUAUGUUUUUAAACUCUUCUAUGUCAAGUAUGCUAAGUUAAUGCAAUUAAAAAAUUUCAAAUCCUUGCUAAAGUGCAUCUAACUAAGCUAUGUGUAUGUCGGAUAUGAUGUCAUACUUAGCUUGUUAUAAUAUGUGUUCUUCUAAAACUGCAUUAAAUGAUUACAUGACUUGUACUAUGUAAUGUACCUCAACUGACUCUUCUCUUUCUAUGUACAUUACUUCUAUGAACAUGUGCACUAUGAAUACUUUCAUGUCUGCUAUGUAAACUAUGAUGAAUCCCCCAUCAUUUUUGGGCUCUUAGGAUAGUAUGAUGCUCAAAAAUUGCAUGCAAAACAUUUCAAAUCCUUGUGCUUCUUCUAUGAACAUGUCCUAAUGCUCUGCUGAUAUUAUGAGCUACAUGUAAUGUUCUAUGGCAUGUGGUUCUAAAACAUCUAUAUCUGACUACAAAACUUGUUCAAUGGCAUGUACUUCCACAGAUUAAAUGCUUAAUGACUAUAUUAAUUCAACAAACGCUUGUCUCAACAAGAUAAGCAACUCAGUUGUAUUAAAGGUAUCAGCUUUAAUCUUAAUUGCAUUUAGUCUUAUCAUUUGA